AUGGUUCAGACGGAAUACACCAGCCAGUUCCAGGGGAAGUCCAGCUUCCCGGCCAGCCAGAAGGUCUACAAAGAGGGGUCUCAGCCAUCCAUACGGGUGCCCUUCCGCCAGGUGGCCCUCACCCCCACCACCGGGCGCUUCGGGCAGGAAGAAAAUGCGCCGCUGUCCAUCUACGACACCAGCGGCCCCUACUCCGACGCAGCCGCUUCCCUUGACCUGCGCCAGGGCCUCCCCGCCAUGCGCCGCGAGUGGAUCAUGGCCCGCGGCGAUGUAGAGGAAUACGACGGCUACGGCGUGCCGCUGCAGGGCAAGAACGUGGCCCAGCCCUUUCCCGCCCUCGCGCGCAAGCCGCUGCGGGGCAAAGCUGGGAUGGCUCCGACCCAGAUACGCUACGCCCGAGAGGGUGUUGUCACUCCCGAGAUGGAAUUCAUUGGCAUACGCGAGGGCAUCGACCCCGAGUAUGUAAGGGACGAAAUUGCCCGGGGCCGGGCCAUCAUCCCCUCCAACAUCAACCACCCGGAAUCCGAGCCGAUGAUUAUCGGGCGCAAUUUCCUGGUCAAGGUCAACGCCAACAUCGGUAACUCAGCCAUCACCUCCUCCAUUGAAGAGGAAGUGGAAAAGAUGCUGUGGGCCACCAAGUGGGGCGCCGACACCGUGAUGGACCUGUCCACCGGCCGGGACAUCCACACAACCCGUGAGUGGAUCCUGCGCAACUCGCCAGUCCCCAUCGGCACGGUGCCGAUCUAUCAGGCCCUCGAGAAGGUCGGCGACGAUCCCUCGGAACUGACCUGGGAGCUGUACCGCGACACCCUGAUUGAGCAGGCCGAGCAGGGCGUGGACUACUUCACAUCCACGCCGGCGUGCGGCUGCAGUAUGUGCCGAUGA